CUCAUCUUUUCGUCACAACCAAUCGCCUAGGAAACAUUUCUUUUCCCAAACAUGUCGCCCAUGAAGCUGUGUGUUCCUGGUGAUAAACUUUGCAGUGCAGAAGACUGUAUACCUGGAACAGGUGUAUACCUGCGACAUGGCUACAUUUACUCCUCGCUUGCAGGCUACGUGCUCAAGAAGAAUGAAGGCGAAGAGUUACCAGUCAUCUCUGUUGUUAGAGAAACGGAAACCCAAUUACUGCCAGAUGUCGGCGCAAUUGUCACUUGUAAGGUAACUAGUAUCAAUCCCAGGAUUGCCAAGGUCCAUAUCCUUUAUGUCGGCUCCACACCGCUAAAGGACCGCUUCAGAGGAACUAUCAGAAAAGAAGAUGUGCGGGCAACCGAGAAAGACAAGGUGGAAACGUAUAAAUGUUUUAGACCUGGAGACAUUGUCCUUGCGAAAGUGAUUUCUCUGGGUGAUGUGCAGUCGAACUACCUCCUCACUACAGCUGAGAAUGAGCUCGGGGUGGUUGUGGCCCAUAGUGAAGCAGGUGCACAGAUGGUUCCGAUCAGCUGGUGUGAGAUGCAGUGUCCACUGACACAUUCCAAAGAGUUUCGCAAAGUGGCAAGGGUCCAACCAGAGUAUUUGCAGGCAUGAUAAAUGUGACACCCCCCCCCCCCCCCCCCCCCCCCACACACACACACACAAGGAACACACAGCUUCCCUCUUUCCUGAUCCUGGGUGACUGAGGAACCUUCCUAUAUUGAGGCUGGAUGAUGCUCUUUGAAGAUUUGCUCUGCACGUUUUGUUAGGGUAUCAUCUCGGAAACUUCACGUUGCUGGUUACAUGACCAUAAGACCUCAAGGUGCAUCUUUCAGUAUGAACUGCAGUAAGGAGCAAUUUCACCUGAAUGAUGUUGUACUUUAAGAAUGCCCCAGUGCGUUAUUCAGUUUUAAUUUCCUGGUGCUGAUUUGCCCCACAACACAUCUGCUUCAAUUUCACUGAGCAAAAUUGUUUCCCAGCACAUUAUGAGCCUACAAAAAAAGCAAGCAGGAAGGUUUUUUGCAACAAAUGAAUAUUUUUCUGUCUUAUUAUAAAUGUCAAGAAUGAAAUAAAAUGAGAAUGUUAAUCUAAAACAAACACUAGUACUUAUUUGGAUUCCUACAGGUUACAACUAAAAUUUGAGACCAGAUUCUUAGAAAUGAAUUCAAUGCCAAUUCAGUUUUUUGGUUUAAAGUAUCAUUCGAGACAUGAUGAAUGCUGGCAUUUUUUUUAAAUCAAUGACAACAUAAUAAAUUGGCUAAAUUCAUAUCGAAUUAGUGAUUUCUGGGUGCCAUUUUGAUGCGAUUGUGCAAACUACUGUAUGCUUGUUAAUAGACAUGUGCAGAUUACUGGUUUCAAGGUAUACCGUGGUAUGAAAAUGUCACGGUUAGAAACCGCAAAAAAUUUCCAUCAUACCGGCCCUACGGUAUUCGCUAUUUUUUCACGUCCAAAAAUGCAGGGAGAAAUCCCUCAUUUGCAGCUGUAAGGCUCAACCUUCCCCCACCGGUUGUUGCUCAGUAUCAGUGAGUCAACUGUGCUACACCACGGCUGGAGAAGGUGAAACUCCUGAACUCCCCCCACCCAUCGAAAAAAAAACUAAAUCACCGGUAUGGGAAUACUUCAGCUACAGAAAAGUUACAGAUGGCUGGGGCUUAGAGGAGGAGGGCCAACUUACAUGAAAAACAUGUUAGCGGAAGGUGGCUGCUGAGGAGGCAAUACUUCCAAUAUGAUUUCACAUUUAUACAAAAUUAAAGGUUAGUAAACACUAUUUUGAACAUUUCCCACCAGCUAUGAGAGUUAACUCCAGCGUGUUUAAUGUGUCUAGCGCUGGUGAAACGUGUUUUCUCUCUUGUAACUGUGUGUGUUGAAAAAGUGUAUAACGUAAACAUGAUAGGAAUCACACCCGUGCUUUUUAUGGAAAAUCAUUUUUGUUCUGAUGGUAAUGUGGAGCUGUGGCUGUGGGUUUACGCUCACCUAAAGGACUGCAUUUAUUUUAGUUUUAUUUAGAAUAUACACAUUUUCUAAAUUUUCUAAUAUGUUUCUAAAAAUAAACCAUUCAAUGGGAUUUUUUGUUUUGUUUUUUUAACCCACAUCUCGGUAACAUAUUUUAGAGCUGUAAUUGCAAUACCGUGAAAUUUUUGUCAUCAUACCGUCAGAACCUCAUACCGGCACGUGCCUACUUUUUAAUCAAGAUUGCAUGUAAAAUUUAGUUCCUAAAGGAUUGUCAUUUUGGAAGUGUGUGCUAUCCAAGAGCGAUGAUGUAUAAAAUAUGACUAAAUUCAAAAUUUCAACAACAACAAAAAAUUCAACCUAGUGUCGGUCAUAUAAAGAAAAUUUACUGUCAGGGUAAAAAAAUUAUUUUAUUUGCGAGAGGACUAAAACAAGACCUACAGAGCAGGGUUCAGUCAUCAAAGCGCACAGAUCGACAUGUAUUGAUGUCAAUCGAAAAUUUUUUGGAUGGUUUACUAAAACCGAGUCCUGCACCUCUGCUGUUAAAGUCUAUUCUGCGUGAGUGGGCGCGUUCAAACUCUCCCAGGAGUCCUUGUUGUAAAUGCUCCUGUGCAUCCUUGCCAAGUGCCAUAUUGUGCUGCGCCGCACCAGGAGCGGCAGCCGGUUUGAAGUCUUUCUUGAAGCCGCCCAUUAACCUGAGGAACUUCAGCUGCUGAUGUGAGCUUUCAAACUGAGCGGUGCUCCACUGACCGAAACCCUGAGGACAUACACAAUGACUGCAUUACAAGUAGAUAGCAAUAAAAACUACUUGAUUUUUACUCAUACACUUGGAAUUUGCAGAUAAAUUCGAACACUGCUAUGACAUGAUAGCUUUCAUUGCAACAUCUGUCUUAGGAUACAAUUGUUGUGCUCUUUGGUUAAUGUGGCACAAAAAAAAAAAAAUCCCAAGAAUGAAGGAUCACUGACUGAAAGUUUGUCCGCUUGUUGAGGCUGAGAGGCGUUGUCUAUGUCAAGCUGUAAAGCCUGCCGUCUUUCCUGUGAAAGAGCACAACACUAGAUCAAUAUUGCAGUGACAAGAUCAUUUGGAAUGUUCUGACCAGAUCCAGCCCAUUCUGAUCGAGAUUCUAUUCCGAAUGAGAGGGGUGGUUUAUGUCUUGUGAUAAUCCAAUCCGUGUGCAUGAAAACUUUUUAUGCCAAAAUUUUGGACCAAAACGUCUUUGCUGCGCAUGUGAUGUCACUACAGGAAGUCUCCGAGACGCAUGCUUUUAUUUUGGCACAGGAAGCGUAGAACUGGUUGUACUUCCGCACGUGAGAGCAUUUACACACCGGCCAUCCCACACACACACACACACACACACACACACACACACACACACGAGGAAGAGUGCAGCGGAGUGAGGAAGUGAAAGCUUGCGCGCACAUUUGUUGCUUGUGAAGCAUCCAGAGGCGAUGACUGUAUAUAACCCCUUUUGUACUGUUUAUUGUGCAUUUUCAAUUGUGGUCAAAUACCUGGGCCGAGUUUAUGUGAGUGUUUUGAUGAUGUGCAGACGCUAGCUGAUACAUGCUAAUUGUUUGUUAUUGCUGUAUAAGCAGCUACUUGUAAACACAAAUUUGAAUUGUUGUUAUUUUAGUUUCAUUCUGCAAAUGUUGAUGUCAUGAGCAGCUGAAUAAAGUCAGCAAACCACACGGACAUCUGACAUCGUCAUUUCGGAGUCUAGCUCGCUGUCUAGCUAGGACGUAG